AUGGAAGAACAAAGAAAACAAUUUGGGGCACGUCGGUUGAAUGAUGAGUCGGAAGUAUUUAAAUACAACGCGUGGGAUGAUGUGGAAUGGAAAUUUGAACAGGAAGAAGAAGCACGUAAUAAGAUAGCUAACCAAAAAAAAUCACCUGUUCCAUCUCAGGAAGCUGAAUAUUUGCUGCAAAAUCCUGCUGACCAAUGGGAUACAUUCUAUCGGACACACAAGGACAAGUUUUUUAUGGAUCGUAAUUGGCUAUUAACCGAGUUUCCGGAGUUGAAUGUUGAAUGUCGAAAAUUGGAUGAUCCACUUCGUGUUCUGGAUGUUGGAUGUGGCGUCGGCAAUGCCACAAUACCGUUGUUGCAGGCAUCCGAACGAUUGGGAAAAAUAUUUAUUUAUGCUUGCGAUUAUUCACUGCAGGCUGUGGAUAUUCUGAAGCAGGAUGCGGUACGGUGGUCCGACAGGUGUAAACCGUUUGUAUGGGAUAUUACUGGGCAAAUAACGGAAGUUAUACCUGCGGGAUCCCUCGAUAUAGUUCUUUGUAUUUAUGUACUUUCGGCAAUUCCACCGAAAAAACAGCAGCAGGCAGUUGAUAAUUUGGUCAGUUUGCUAAAACCAGGUGGUAUAGUAUUGUUGAAGGAUUAUGCACAAUUUGAUAUGACGCAAUUGAGGUUCAGGAAUAAUCGCUUGAUAGAUGAGAAUUUUUAUUGUCGUGGUGAUGGAACUCUGGUUUAUUUCUUCAGUCAGGAUGAAUUGGACAAGUUAUUUACUGAAGCUACGUCAUUUUUUCUUGAUUGUCCUACCGUUGCUCAUUAUGUACAGGAAACGCAUGCUACUGCACUUUUAAUAGCUGCCGCUGUUCAUGAUUUAGAUCAUCCCGGACGUGGUAAUGCUUUUUUAAUAAAUACUCAACAACCGUUGGCAUUGUUAUACAACGAUCAAUCAGUACUGGAAAAUCAUCACAUCGCAUUAGCAUUUCAACUUACCUUACAAAGUACCAAUAAUAUUAAUAUAUUUGCUGGACUUACACGGGAAGAAUUUGCAGCAUUACGACAAGCUACUGUUGAAAUGGUUUUAGCUACCGAUAUGAGUCGACAUUUCGAAUAUUUAACAAAAUUUCAACAAGUUGUUUCAAAUUUAAAGGAUAAUGAAGAAAAUGAGAAUAAUGUAUCGUUGACGAUAUGUCGAAUGCUAAUUAAAUGUGCGGAUAUCGCAAAUCCGACAAGGGAAUGGGAAUUAUGCGAAAAAUGGGCAAUGCGUAUUGUGGAAGAAUAUUUUGAUCAG